AUGGAGGAGAAUACAGAAGACGGCAAGGACGUAGAAGAAAAAACUAACAGCGAAAUUAAGAACGUGGUAGAGGCAGCAAAAGUACUAAAAGGUCUCUACAAGACAGACAAUAUAACAACGGAGAUAAAGCAAGGCAUAAUGGAAUUAGUCAGAGUAGUUACCAGGUUACAAUACGCAAACAAGAAUAGAAUCAAAAAGAUGAAGGAAGAAAGAGAACAAAUGGAGAAACAGAAAUCACAAACAUGUCCAAAAUGCACAGAGAGAGCAGAAAGGGAGAAAGGGAUUGACAGUACAACACAAACAAUCGAGGACAAAGAACUGGAGGAAGAAAUGUUAAUAGAAGAAAUAAAAAGAUGUCAGAAGCUGGAAACAAUAGGAAAGGUUAUGGAUAUUACAUGGCCCGAGAGAGCGUUCGAAAGAACAAGAUUAGAAAAUGGCAAAAUUCACAAGACUGGGCAGGAACGGGACGUGGUCAUUUUAACCGAAGACGAUAUGGAUAGGGAGUACAAUAAAGAGAUAAUAGACUACUUCCAAGGUUAUGAGGCGCUCAAAAUACAGGAAGCCACACCAGGAAAGGAGACAAACAUAAAUAAAACCAGGAAAAUCGCAGAAACCAUUUUUAGAGGAACAAAUAUAGAAUGCAGGCUAUGUAGUAAAAGCAUGGGAAAAAAGAAGGACACACCGAGGAGCAGAACAAGGACAUACAGGGAAGAAGAGACAAUAAUAAUAAAAGGGGGAGGAAACAGCUAUGCGGACACCCUACGAACACUGCAAACUAAUAUGCACCUGGAUAAAGACAACUUCAGAGUAAAAGGGGUAAGGAGCACGAGGAAAGAUGACCUGCUGGUCACGGUGAAAGGCAACAACAAAGAAGCGGAAAGAUUCAAGGCCACCGUCAACAAAAGAGUCGGAGGUGUUAGAGCCACAACAAUCGGUAGAGCGGGACCGAAGAAAGUGCUACAUAUAAAGGAUCUUGAUAAAAAUACGACCGAGGAGGAUGUAAAAGAGGCAAUAAUUAAAGAAUUGCCGGAAACAUACAGGGAAGAAAUAACGAUAAAAGCCCUUAGACCUGCCUACGGGGAUAGGCAGAAUGUCACCGUUAUUAUCACGGAAGAAAAGGCAACUAAACUGCUCAACAGAGGCAGAAUAGCAAUCGGAUGGAGCGAAUGCCGCGUAAUAGAAAGGGAGGAGAUAGUCAGGUGCUUCAGGUGCUGGGGCUACAACCAUAGGGCCAAGGAUUGUAAGGGGCAGGACAUGAGUGGAGCCUGUAGAAAAUGUACCAUAAAGGGACACAACGCCGACAAUUGUAAGGGGUUGACCAGAUGCGCGUUAUGCGAGACAGACGGGCACACCACGGGGAGCACUAGAUGCCCUGAAUAUAGAAGGGCAUUUAAGGAAAACAGACAGAAAAGGAUAGAGGAAAGGAAGACGGAUGCUACUAAACAGUGCAAAUUGGCGCAAGAUCUGAUGACGAGAGUGACAGAUGAGGAGGAAAUUGAUGCCGUAAUCAUAAGCGAACCCUAUAAAAACAUGGACAAUUGGUUUAAAGAUAAAGCAGGCAUGGCAGUGAUAUGGAUAACUGAUAAGGGGGGCAACAAAACGAAAAGCAUCAAGUUAAUUGAAAGAGGAGACGGAUAUGUAGCGGUGGAGAUGGACAAAACUGUUUUUCUCAGCUGCUACAUAUCCCCAAACAUCAAACUGGACGAAUUCACAGAAAAACUUGAAGGCAUCGAAAAAACAAUUACUGGAAAUAGGAAAAAGAAAGUAAUAAUAGCCGGGGAUCUAAACUCUAAGUCAACGGACUGGGGAUCGGCUAGAACGGAUCAAAGAGGAUUACGGGUUUUGGAUCUAUGCGCCAAGCUAAACUUAAUUACGGUCAAAAACACAGGCCUAAAUCACACCUUCGAGAGAAACGGGUCGACCUCCAUGAUAGACAUAGUCAUACUAGACAGCAAAACGUAUAAAACCCUACAGAGCAGCACAAUACUAGACAGUUACACAGGCUCAGACCACAAAUACCUUGUACAUAAAUUCAAUAAUAACAAUGACAAUAGUAAUAUCAACGGGAACAGAUACAAUAACAACGAUAAAAACAACAAGGGCACAAUAAACUAUAGUAAAUUCUUGCAAAAUUAUGAUAGCAAAAUUAAUAGUAACAUCAACACAGAGUGGACGAGCAACCGCAUAGACAAAUUCAUAGAAACAAUAGAAAACGCAAUAAAUGAAUCACGAAGAACACUACCAGUAACACUACAAAAUAAACAGAAAGCACACUGGUGGAAACCAGAGCUACAAACAUUAAGAAGCGACUGUCAUCAUGCGAGAAGAAGAAUGCAGAGGGCUAGAAAAAAGAAAAGAAACGACUCAAUCAUAGAAAGCCUAAGAAAGGAGUACAAGGCGAGAAAAGAUACUCUAAAAAGGGAAAUAAAGAUGGCAAAAAUAGAGUCGUGGAAGAGACUGCAGGAUAUGGUCGAAGAUGACCCAUGGGGGAGACCAUACAAAGCAGUCUUCACGACUCUUAAACCAAGGACACCUCCGAAUAAAUUGAACAAAGAGGAUAUGGAAAAAAUAAUAGAGGGUUUAUUCGUCACGAAACCACAGGUGGCAAGAGAUAACAAGAGAAAUUUGAACCUAGAAAGAAGAAGAAUAGACGUAUUACUAGGCAUUAGAGCAAGAAAUGCAAAGGAAAACAAAGAUAGAAAAAUUACAACAGAGGAGAUCAGAACGAUAGCCAGGAGUCUGAGCGAAAAAAAGGCGCCGGGAAUAGACGGGGUACCCAGUAAAAUAGCAAAAAUACUAGCGGAACAGAGGCCAGGUAUGUUAUCGGACAUGUACAAUGCAUACUAUGAUCUUGGAUACUUCCCGGAGAGAUGGAAGACGGGAAAACUCGUGUUAAUACCAAAGAAGGGGGAAGCGAGGGGGUCCCCAGCAGAUUGGAGGCCCCUGAACAUGAUAUCCAACCUAGCCAAGAUCAUGGAACGUACUAUGAAGGACAGAAUUCUGGAGGAAACAUGUUUCGAAGAGAACCAGUUCGGCUUCCGCAAAGGAAAAUAG